AUGCCCCUCCAUUCCACCCUGGCGGGGGGCCGCGCCGGCCAUGCCGCCAUCGACACGCAGAUGGACGGCCGCUCCUUUGAGGAGCUGCGUCGAGAAUGCCUGCAGAGGCAGGUCCUGUUCGAGGACCCUGACUUUCCUGCUGAAGACUCCUCGCUCUUUUUCAGCCAACCCGUUCCCGUCCGGAUGGAGUGGAAGAGGCCCCCGGAGCUGUGUGCCAACCCAAAGUUCAUCGUGGGCGACGCCAACCGGACAGAUAUUUGCCAAGGACAGCUCGGUGACUGCUGGCUCUUGGCAGCCAUCGCGUCCUUAACUCUGAAAAAAGAUGCCUUGGCCCGGGUGGUCCCCCAUGACCAGUACUUCGAUCGCAACUAUGCUGGCAUCUUCCACUUCCAGUUUUGGCAGCACAACAAGUGGCUGGACGUGGUGGUGGAUGAUCGUCUGCCGACGGUUCGCGGUCAGCUCAUCCUGCUUCACUCGGCCUCCAACAACGAGUUCUGGAGUGCCCUGCUGGAGAAAGCCUAUGCCAAGGUGCACGGCAGCUACGAGUCAUUGAAGGGCGGCAGCACCAUGGAGGCAAUGGAGGACUUCACUGGCGGCGUGGGCGAGAUCUACGAAACCAAGAAAUCCAAUGAACAACUCUUCCAUAUAAUGAAGAAGGCCCUGGACCGAGGAUCCAUGUUGGGAUGCUCCAUCGAUAUCAGCAGCUCUGCAGAGUCAGAGGCCAAGACCAGCAGCGGCCUGGUCAAAGGUCAUGCUUACUCCAUCACAGGCCUGCAGGAGGUCAACUUCCGAGGACAAAAGGUCAAACUGGUUCGCGUGAGGAACCCGUGGGGUCAGGUGGAGUGGAACGGACCUUGGAGUGACAGUUCCAAAGAGUGGGACUAUGUCGACCGAGCGGAGAAAAACCGGAUUCUGCAACAUGCCAGUGAAGACGGCGAAUUCUGGAUGGAGUUUAAUGACUUCAGGUCCCACUUCGACAAGGUGGAGAUCUGCAAUAUGACGCCUGACGCACUCACUGACAAUACCAAGCGCCACUGGGAGGUGCAAUUGUUCGAGGGCCAGUGGAUCCGCGGUUCCACCGCUGGGGGCUGCAGAAACUACAUCGACACUUUCUGGACCAAUCCGCAAUUUAAGCUGAAUCUGGUGGAUGCCGACGAUGAUGACGACAUGUGUAGCGUGGUCAUCGCGCUCAUGCAGAAGAACCGGCGCCAACUGAGGAAGGAGGGCAUGGACCUGGAGACCAUCGGAUUUUCCGUCUACGAGGCUCCCAACGAUGCCGAACAGCAGGACAAAGUUUUCUUCCGCACUCACGCCUCCAAAGCUCGCAGCAAAACCUACAUCAACUUGCGCGAGGUCACCGAGCGCUUUACGAUGCCGCCCGGGCAAUACCUCCUGGUGCCCACCACCUUCCAGCCGCACCGCGAGGCCGACUUCCUGGUGCGCAUCUUCUCCGAAAAGAGAGUCGGUGCUCAAGAGAUGGGCAGCAACAUCGAUGUAGACCUCCCAGAGCCUCCACCACCCAGUGCGCCAGAGGAUGAGACGGAUGAAGAGAAAUUCCUUAGAAGGCUCUUUGAGCAGGUUGCUGGAUCGGACCAUGCCAUCUCCGUCAGGGAACUUCAGCAGGUGCUCAACGGUGUCCUCAGCAGCCGAAAAGAGAUCCAGUUUGAGGGUCUGAGCCUCCAUACAUGCCAUAGCAUCAUGAAUCUGAUGGAUGUGGACAACACUGGGAAAAUGGAGUUCCAGGAGUUCAAGGUCUUCUGGGAUAAGCUUAAGAAGUGGAUCAUGCUCUUCCUGUCCUUCGACACAGACCGUUCGGGCAAGAUGUCCUCCUAUGAGCUCCGCAGUGCCCUCAAAGCCGCAGGCAUGAAGAUGAACAAUCAGCUGCUGCAGCUACUCGGCCUGAGGUUUGCCGACGAGAAGUACGACAUUGACUUUGACGACUAUCUCACCUGUAUCGUCCGUCUGGAGAAUAUGUGCAGAGUUUUCCAGGCUAUGGAUGAGCAUGGCAAGGGCAGGAUAAGAAUGACAAUGUUGCAGUUUCUAAUGCUCUCCAUGAACGUGUGA